CUUCUUCAAAAUGAGUCUGUUUCCUUGACAAAAAUACAUAUAUUUUUGAGUUUAUGGGAAUGAGUAAAAGCGGCCCUUCUUAUUGCUUUCUGGUCGAGUGGUUUGAUACCAUAUCGUCAUUAGUGAAAACCUUUCAGCUGAUUUAUCAUCCUAACAUUUCUUCAGUGGAAAUGCAUGAAGAAAAAACAAACAGGCUUUUCUUGAAACCUACGAAAGUUGAGGGGCUUAAACUGUCCGAUUUUUACUUAGGUAGUACAGUAACUAUAUUCUCGCGCUCUCUCAGGAUUGUGGAUUUCGGAGACGAGUUUACAAAACGACAGUUCUUAAGUCGUUCAGAGAGAUGCGUAGUAUUUAUAACCCCAAAUUCUAUUUGCCGGGCUGGUGAAGUUAUAGCAACACUGGAGAACAAGUCUUUUCGUAUUGUAAAUCUGAAGAUGUUACGUUUGACAUCAGAUGAAGUCAAAAGUCUUUUCGAGAACCAUACGGACUUUUCUAGCAUUCCGAGAUUAUUAAGUGAAUUAUCAGGCAGAAUUGUUAUCGCUUUAGAAUUGAUGGGCGCAAAUGCGUGUAAACUUUUGAAUGAAUUUAUUUAUGGAUCAAAAGGAGAUGACGUUUUAUCUAAUCCUGAUUUAUUUAUGCUAACAACAAAUGCUAGUGAUUCAUUAAAGCAGGCUAAUAAAAUAUUUGGUAAUCCUGGUGGAAUGAAUUAUCUGGGAGCACCAUUGCUCAAGAAUACAACACUAUGCAUAAUUAGACCACACGCAGUGUCAGAUGGUCUUACUGGGAAAAUAUGGAAUGCAAUUAAAGAAAAAGGGUUUUGUGUAACAGCAGCCCGUCUCUAUCGCCUAUCCAAAGCGGAUGCAGCAGAAUUUUUGGAAAUAUACAAAGGUGUAGUACAGGAAUAUCCAGAGAUGUUGGAUCAGUUAUCUUCAGGUCCUUGUAUAGCAUUAGAAAUAGGGUUUCCAGAUCCAAAUGUAAAUGUUCAUCAAACUUUUCGAGAGUUCACUGGACCAAUAGAUCCGGAGAUCGCCAAAUUUUUGCGACCAGAUACAUUAAGAGCUAUAUUUGGAGUUGACAAAGUGAGAAAUGCUGUUCAUUGCACUGAUCUACCCGGUGAUACUGAACUUGAGGUUAACUAUUUUUUCAAUAACCUGGAUAAAUGAAAUACAACAUAACCAUAUUAAGUUUUGAAAACAUCUUGUAAAGUCAAACACUUUCUCCCAAUUCCUCAGAAUCCAAUCGAAAAAGAAAACUUAAAAAAAAACAUAGAACAAAACAAUGGGUGAUAUCCCCUACAACAAGUUGGUCAUUUAUUUCAUCUUGUAGAUUUCAUGUUAACAUUCUGUUAAUAAUUGGCGAAAAAAUCCCUUUCUCUUGUUAACCGGUUAUACGUAUACACCAAACAAGCCCGAUUACCCUGUCAAUACAACUGUAGUAAAUACAUUGUGAAUAAAUAAAUACACAU